AUGUCUGGCGACGACGCAGUCACAACGCUCUCGUGGGCCCCGAAGACCCCCGUUGCAGCGCUCUCGCAAGCCCCAAAGACCCCAAAUAUACCAAUCCCUUCUGUGGUUAGCUUGACGCUGGACCAGCUCAAGACGCAGAAGAACCCGGCUGCUCGAAAACGUGCUCUAGCAAUAACUGCUGCAGCGCAACCUGGCGCGGCUUCUACUCUUCCUAGAAUAACCCCACGCGCACAGCCCGCAGCUUCUGUUACUUCAUCUGAAAACACCAUCAAGAAGACCGUGCAGAAGACAGCGAACACCAGGAAGAGGUCAGCUACCAAGUCAAGGGUACCGCCAGUGGCGAACAUGGAGUCAAUAAACGACGCAAAUAACUUCGACUUCCACCAGGCCAAAGCAGAGAAACCACGCAAGCCUCGCAUGCUUGAGGAGGACGGAACGUUCACGGACAGGGCACCGGUACCGGGAAAGGCCGCAAAAAAGGAGAUAGACGCAUGGGCAGAGGCUCAGAUGCGUACCAAUCCCGAUGUUGCCGCGAUGAACAAUGAAGAUAUCGAGCUCGCUACGCCCGAGACAAUUGAUGGGAGUGAGGAUGGAGAAGACUCGGAUGUGGCGAGUACUGCAUGUGCUCACGACGAAGUCUUCACAUUCCAGUAA